AUGACCAAGAAUGGGAUGAUCUACAUAGUUUAUAUCCGUGAUGUAUUGGAAGCUUCAAAAAAAAAUGAAGCUCAUAAUUGUUUUCGAUGCCCAGCGUCAGUCGGGUUAGCAUCCGAUCCUACUCCCUUGCAGGAUUUCUGUGUCGCAGACAACUACAGUAAAGUGUUUGUGAAUGGCAAGGUUUGCAAAGACCCGAUGUUGGCGACAGCAAAUGACUUCUUCUACGACGGACUUGACAAGCCUGGCAACACGAGCAAUCCUUUGGGUUCCAUGGUCACCCCAGUGAAUGUAAUGCAAAUUCUUGGGCUCAACACUCUCGGUAUCUCCUUGGCACGUAUAGACUUCGCUCCUCGUGGCCAAAACCCUCCCCACACACACCCACGUGGCACCGAGAUCCUCACAGUCUUAGAAGGGACCCUCUAUGUCGGCUUCGUGACCAGCAAUCCCGAAAAUAGUUUGAUUAGCAAGACAUUGAACAAGGGAGAUGUGCUAGUGUUUCCUGAGGGCCUCAUUCACUUCCAGCAAAAUGUGAGGUACAGCAAUUCUGUUGCUUUCUCUGUUGAUGUUCUUGCAAAGGCCUUCCAAAUUGAUAAACAACUGGUCGAUAAACUCCAGGCUAGCUUCCGGAUGGAUACUAACUAAAACAUCAAGGUCAAGGGGCCCUCAUUAAUAUAAGAUAGAUAUUGCCCAUGGGGAUGAAUGUAUUGAAUGUAGGCUAGCUUUCAUUUGCACCUUCUUUUAAUUUUUUAA